AUGAUAAAUAUGUUAUUGAAAUUUCGAAGAUGCAUUGAUUGCAAAAUGUGGAAAAAAUGGCAGCUGUUCCAUGCUACGGAUUUUCAAUCGCUUAUGCAUCCCUGCUUCACCUUUUGCCGCAUACUCGGAAUAUUUCCGUAUCGCAUCAACGCUUCGACUUUUGAAACUACGAAACCGCGCUGUAUUCUGACAACCGUCAUUACAAGCAUUUUCUGCAUUUACGAACUAGGAGUACUGUAUAGAAUUAACAUUAUUGGAACGAUUAAGCUUGUAUCCAUAGCUUUGACUUUUGAACGCAAUUGUUUUUUUACACUCAGCGGAUUUAUUGCGAUUGUUACGUAUAUUUUCAACGGUCCUCGGAUGCACUUACUCCAAAAUGUAAUGGAAAUCUCUCUGAGACUGUCUCCUGAUUCAUUUCGAAAGCUAUCUAAACUGAUUCAUGCUAAAGAUAUUUUUGGAUUCUUUUUUCUAAUCGGACAAUCAGCAUUUUAUUAUUCUAUAUUACAGUUUGAUUACAUGGACAAGAUUUUCAUACUGUAUAUGAACUUGAUAAUACUUCAAAUGGAUAUGUUGUAUAUAAAUUGCGUAUGUAUAUUAAAAGCUUGUUUUAAGGAAAUCAACGAUAAUCUGAUGAAUUUGGGGCAGGUCGUAGUGAACAACGAACCACAUCUUUUGAGGAGGAUUUAUCACGAACAGAGAAAUCCAUUCCUAUUAAUGAAACUCAAAGCUUUGAGAAAACAGCAUUUGAUUAUCAGUGACUCCGUGCAAAUGUUGAAUACAAUUUUCAGUCUACAGCUUCUCGCUACCAUAGUUAUAACUUUUGCUGAACUUACUUUCCUUCUAUAUUUUUAUAUAUUUCAUUGGACAAUUUUCUUAAAAGAGCUAGAUCACGAUCUUUUUGAUUGGUUAGUGUUAACGUCUUUAAUGUAUCAAAGCACCAAAAUAGCACUGAUGGGAUGGGCUUGUGAUACUGGCAAGGAUGAGGCCAUGAGGAUCGGUACCACCGUUCAUGAAAUAUUGAAUAACACUAUCGAUGAACAAAUCAAAGAUGAAUUGCAGCUGUUUUCCUUGCAAGUACUGCAACGGGAAAAUACAUUUUCCGCUAAGGGUGUUACAGUAGACGCAACACUUCUCGUCGCGAUAGUGAGUAACAUCACUACAUACCUAUUAAUUUUAAUACAAUUUUUAAUUGCCGAUCAAGUUUGCAAUAAAAAAGUUACAAAC